GUGAAACUGAGGCAGGGGUACUUCUGCACAGAGCCAGCAGGGUGGGGAGCAGGGUCUGGGUGUACACCCUGUGGAGACCUGACACAGCCUGGGCACAGCCAGCAGGUGGCAGGUGACUGAGCUCUGCAGAAAUGGCCCGAAUGUGGGCAGGUGUCAGGAUCCAGGGUUAGGCAGUGGAAUGACAGUGACCCAUGCGGCCCACACCUGACCCUAGGCCACCCCCAUCCUCCCCUAGAGAAGGUCCUAGGAAGUGCUUUGCUGCCUGCACAGGGCAGUUCCCAGGGAGCUGGGGGCCAUCCUGAGUCGGCUUGUUCCGCAGCAGGGUGGAGACAGUGCACACCACCUGGCGUUGCUUGACUCUGAGGGUGUCUCCGGGCACCCCUACAGCUGGCAGCGGUUUUGGCGUGCUUCCUAUCUUGGUAAUGUCACUGGCCAUCUUAAAGUGACAGCCCGGGGAACAUCCUGCCUGUCAGUGCCAGGGCAUGGCCCCAGGAACAAAGCUGGAAUUGGGGUCACUUUCUUUCUCAAAGUGCUGCCAGGUCCCCUCCAGUGGUGUCCCAGCACAGGGCAAAGGUGGCAAGGCUGUCUCAGGUGAUGUCCUCACCACCCCUUCUGUAGGAGCACGGCGCUGGAGCCUGCCCUGCAUUUGGCCAUCUGUGGAACAAGCCAGCUCCCCUGGCUGCCAGGGGAUAGUGACAUGGUGCCCCCAGGCCUGUCCCCACAAUGGGGAGGGUAUCCGAAAGGCCCAAAGAUGGUUUGGGACCCCCCACAUCCUGCUUUGGGGCAGCCAGGCAGUUCUGGACCCUCGGCUCUCGAGGAAGGGACGUCGCACAGCCGCCCCCACCUGCUGAACUUCCCAGCCCUUCAUGUCGGGCCUCCCCUCACUCCUCAGCCUGGGUUCGGAAGGUCUCCCAGGGGCCGACCUGAGGGCGGGAGGGUGUGUCGGGUGAGUGAGUGGCUGGCUGGACUGGGGAGGUCCUCCCUCCAUGGUGGGCCAAGCUGGUCACCCCACCGCAGCUGGGGCAGGCCUGCCUGAGGCUGGAAAGCCCCAUGAAAAGCUCACAGCCAGGCACUGUUAUGAACGGGGUGUGGACAGGAGCCUCUGCUCACCCCAGCCCUGCAUCUUUCUGUGCCCAUCUCUGCAUUGUCAUUGCUGGGGACACCCAGAUUCGGCCUCACGGGGCUAAGAGACACACCCGUCCUUGAGUACAGCCCCCAGCCACCCUCUCUGCUGUGGGCAGAGGGCAGGUGAGGCACCAGGGUGGCACAGCACUGAGGAGACAGGUGAGACCCCGAAAGGGGCCUGGUGCCCCUGCUGGCGUGAGGAGAGCUGACCACUGGCCUCGGGCAGCGGAGCCCACGCCCCUCCCUUUUGAGUCUGUGCUCCUUGAGCAUUAAGGCCAUCCCCCCACCCUGCCCCCACCAAGUCUUGGGUGGGAGGGGGGUCUUGGUCCUGGGUGCCCAAGCCUGGUGUGCCCAGGGGUGAGGGGCUCAUAGAUGGGCCCAGCCCAUUCCUCAGGCUCUGCCUGAGGAAGCCAGGGGCCAGUGCACCGGGCCUGCUGGAAGCAGCUGCCUCUGCUGUUUCUGGGCGCUGGUCAAGGACAGCGGAGAGCCCCGGAGGGACAGAAAGGUCUGGGGCCAAGGGAGGAAGGCUUUGUGAGGUACGGGUGUGGGAGCCCGCAGGGCCAGCACUUUCAGAGGCCGCUCCAGAGCAGCACUGCAGGAUGCUGGGACAGGGAGGAGGGCGGGCCACAGCCCACCAAGGUGACAAAGCCGCUCUCAACGGCAGGAGGGCUGCUUUAAAGCUACCCCAGGUUUUGGCUCUGCUUACUGGGCUGAAGGGGAAUGAGCUCCCAAUGCUGGCCCCUGGAGGAGGAGGCUCUUGAACCGAGCUGGGAAGGAAGGCUCCCCUGGCUCCAGCCCUAAGGUGCUCUCCCAGCCGUCCGACCUGGAUCUCCAAGAUGUAGAGGAAGUGGAGAUCGGCAGAGACACCUUCUGGCCCGUCCAGUUACUGAUGCUUCCCGAGGCAGUGACUGCAGCCCACAGCCACCUGCGCCAGUGGCCCCACGUGGACUCCUGCCGGCCCCAGCUGGACACAGUGAAUCAGGAACUCCUCUCUCCCCUCCACCUGCCUUGGGCUGGGGCCUCUGGCUCAGGGCACCACUGUCCCCCCAGAUCCACGAGUUAUCCUGUGUCCCCUCCUCCUCCUGCAUCCCCUAGGUGGCCUCCCCUCAGCCUGGCUGGAGCUGUGUCCAGAUCCCCUGCACCUCUCCCUUGAGAAGCUCCCAGGGUUCCCUGUGGGUGAUGUUAGUGAUAUGGCUGGAUUUAACAGUGCUGAGCCCUCGCCCACAUCUGGGCGGCCCUGGUGUGGGGAGCAGGUGUCUGAGGUCAGGUCCCUGGAAAGAGACCCUGGGCCAGAGAUUUGCGUGGGAAGCUCCUGGGGUGGGCAUGGGAGCUGGGCGGCAGCGCACUUGCCACCGAGGCCUGGGGCAGCCCCAUGAGGAGCUGUGCCCAUACGGACCACAUCCUCGGCAAGGGCUUUGAGGCGCCCUCUGGAGCUCUGGCGUCCCCCAGGUUCCGGGUCCUCACCAACACUUAGUGCUUCCUCCUGGCUAAGGGUGACCCCACGGUCUGUCUUGCCACUGUGGCUCCGUGCACCUGCACGGCCGCCGUGGUGACUGUGGAUGGUCCCAGCAGCUCUGGGUCACCCUGCAACGCCCCCCACCCCUGUGUCUAUGUCAGCUCUCCCGGGCACGGCACUCCGAGCCCCUGUCCGCUUGUCUCCCAUCCGCUGGGUGCCUGGCCCCUCCUUGUCCUCUCUAAGCCCCCCUGUCCAGCUCUGCUCUCACUCCCCGUCCCCGUCCCUCCGUGCCACGGUGGGGGCAUGCGGGUACUAUCCGCCUCUGCCGUUUCUCAUUUCAGACUCCGAGCCCGAGCCGGAGCAGGCUCCACGCUCUCCUGGCUCUCAGGCCCCUGACGAAGGGGCGGGCGGGGCGCUGCGCAGCCUCCUGAGGAGCCUUCCCCGCAGGGCCCGGUGCAGCGCCGGCUUCGGGCCUGAAUCCAGCGCGGAGCGGCCGGCGGGCCAGCCGCCUGGGGCCGUCCCUUGCGCCCAGCCGCGGGGCGCCUGGCGCGUGACGCUCGUGCAGCAAGCAGCGGCCGGCCCCGAGGGUGCGCCCGAGCGGGCUGCCGAGCUGGGAGUCAACUUCGGUCGGAGCCGGCAGGGCAGCGCGCGGGGGGCCAAGCCGCACAGGUGCGAGGCCUGCGGCAAGAGUUUCAAGUAUAACUCGCUGCUCCUGAAGCACCAGCGCAUCCACACGGGCGAGAAGCCUUACGCCUGCCACGAGUGCGGCAAGCGCUUCCGCGGCUGGUCGGGCUUCAUCCAGCACCACCGCAUCCACACGGGCGAGAAGCCCUACGAGUGCGGCCAGUGCGGCCGCGCCUUCAGCCACAGCUCGCACUUCACGCAGCACCUGCGCAUCCACAACGGCGAGAAGCCCUACAAGUGCGGCGAGUGCGGCCAGGCCUUCAGCCAGAGCUCCAACCUGGUGCGCCACCAGCGGCUGCACACGGGUGAGAAGCCCUACGCCUGCAGCCAGUGCGGCAAGGCCUUCAUCUGGAGCUCCGUGCUCAUCGAGCACCAGCGCAUCCACACUGGCGAGAAGCCCUACGAGUGCGCCGACUGCGGCAAAGCCUUCCGCGGCCGCUCGCACUUCUUCCGGCACCUGCGGACCCACACGGGCGAGAAGCCCUUCGCGUGUGGCGCCUGCGGCAAGGCCUUCGGCCAGAGCUCCCAGCUCAUCCAGCACCAGCGGGUGCACUACCGCGAGUAGCCGGGCGGGGGCUCGGGGCUCGGCCUCCUACCUGCCCUCAACCCGCCCUCCACCCCGUCCCCCACGGUGGGCACUGCCCAGCACCGCAUGCCACGUGUCCGGAAUAAAUUCUUUUUGAUUGUUGAAA